CCUGACCAGCCGUCUCUGUCUUCGAGGCUGCUAUGACCAGCGGGUGAGACACCCUCCGCAGCUCCGCGCAGCGCUAGUCGCGGCCGUGCGCCCGCUGUAGCCGUCUGGGUCCCCAGCGUCGCAGCUUCCGCGGCCCCCUCGGCUCUGCCAGGCGAGGCAGAAGCAGGAUGAAGAUGACUGUGGAUUUCGAGGAGUGUCUGAAGGACUCGCCCCGCUUCAGGGCUGCUUUGGAAGAAGUAGAAGGAGAUGUGUCAGAAUUGGAACUAAAGCUUGAUAAGCUUGUGAAACUUUGUAUUACAAUGAUUGAUACUGGAAAAGCCUUUUGUGUUGCAAAUAAACAGUUCAUGAAUGGGAUUCGAGACCUGGCUCAGUAUUCUAGUAAUGAUGCUGUAAUUGAGACAAGUUUGACCAAGUUUUCUGACAGUCUUCAAGAAAUGAUCAAUUUUCAUACGAUCCUGUUUGACCAAACUCAGAGAUCAAUUAAGGCACAGCUUCAGAACUUUGUUAAAGAAGAUCUUAGGAAAUUCAAAGAUGCCAAGAAGCAAUUUGAAAAAGUCAGUGAAGAAAAAGAAAAUGCAUUAGUAAAAAAUGCCCAAGUUCAAAGAAACAAACAGCACGAAGUUGAAGAAGCCACAAACAUUCUGACAGCAACAAGAAAAUGUUUUCGACACAUAGCGCUUGACUAUGUACUUCAGAUUAAUGUUCUUCAAUCAAAAAGGAGAUCAGAAAUCCUAAAAUCAAUGUUAUCCUUUAUGUAUGCUCAUUUGGCCUUCUUUCAUCAAGGAUAUGAUCUGUUUAGUGAACUUGGGCCCUACAUGAAGGAUCUUGGAGCACAGUUGGAUCGACUGGUUGUGGAUGCAGCAAAGGAGAAAAGAGAGAUGGAGCAAAAACAUUCCACCAUUCAACAAAAGGAUUUCUCCAGUGAUGAUUCUAAGUUAGAAUAUAAUGUAGAUGCUGCAAAUGGCAUUGUAAUGGAAGGAUAUCUGUUCAAACGAGCCAGCAAUGCCUUCAAAACUUGGAACAGACGCUGGUUUUCAAUACAGAAUAAUCAGUUGGUUUACCAGAAAAAGUUUAAGGAUAACCCCACUGUCGUAGUUGAAGAUCUCAGGCUUUGUACAGUGAAACAUUGUGAAGAUAUAGAACGAAGAUUCUGUUUUGAGGUGGUCUCUCCAACAAAAAGUUGUAUGCUCCAGGCAGAUUCUGAAAAGCUGCGCCAGGCAUGGAUUAAGGCUGUUCAGACCAGUAUUGCUACUGCUUAUAGAGAGAAGGGUGAUGAAUCAGAGAAGCUGGAUAAGAAAUCAUCUCCAUCCACAGGAAGCCUAGAUUCUGGAAAUGAGUCAAAAGAGAAAUUAUUGAAAGGAGAAAGUGCGCUGCAGCGGGUCCAGUGUAUCCCUGGCAAUGCCAGCUGUUGUGAUUGUGGUCUGGCAGAUCCGCGGUGGGCCAGCAUCAACUUGGGCAUCACCUUGUGUAUUGAGUGCUCUGGGAUUCACCGGAGUCUCGGUGUCCAUUUUUCAAAAGUACGAUCUUUAACUUUAGACACCUGGGAGCCUGAGCUUUUAAAGCUUAUGUGUGAGCUGGGAAAUGAUGUUGUAAAUCGAGUUUAUGAAGCUAAAGUUGAAGAAAUGGGAAUAAAGAAACCACAGCCAGGACAAAGACAGGAGAAAGAGGCAUAUAUCAGAGCAAAAUAUGUGGAGAGAAAAUUUGUGGAUAAAUAUUCUAUGUCAUCAUCAACUCCUGAGCAGGAAAAAAGGAUUGUCUCCAAAAGUUGUGAAGAAAAGAGGCUGAGCAUUUCUAAACUUGGGCCUGGUGACCAAGUCAGAGCAUCUGCCCAAAGUUCAGUGGUUGCUGUAAAUAGCGACGAGGCCAGGCGGGAGUCUCUGUUCUGUCCUGAUGAGCUAGAUUCACUCUUCUCCUACUUUGAUACUUCUUCAAAACUGCGUAGUAUCAAAAGUAAUGACAGCGGAAUUCAGCAGAGCUCUGAUGAUGGAAGAGAAUCUUUACCCUCCACGGUAUCAGCCAAUAGUUUAUAUGAACCUGAAGGAGAGAGGCAAGAUUCUUCUGUGUUUCUCGACUCUAAACAUCUUAAUCCAGGACUUCAGCUUUAUAGGGCUUCAUAUGAAAAAAAUCUUCCUAAAAUGGCUGGGGCUUUGGCUCAUGGUGCAGAUGUGAACUGGUCUAAUUCAGAGGAAAACAAAGCAACACCACUGAUUCAGGCUGUUUUAGGGGGCUCUUUGGUGACAUGUGAGUUCCUCCUACAGAAUGGUGCUAAUGUGAACCAAAGAGAUGUCCAAGGGCGGGGACCACUGCACCAUGCCACCGUCUUAGGGCACACAGGGCAAGUGUGUUUAUUCCUAAAACGAGGUGCCAAUCAACAUGCCACUGAUGAAGAAGGGAAAGAUCCUUUGAGUAUAGCUGUGGAAGCAGCCAAUGCUGAUAUAGUAACCCUGUUACGUUUAGCAAGAAUGAAUGAAGAGAUGCGGGAAUCAGAAGGACUUUAUGGACAGCCAGGUGAUGAAACUUACCAAGACAUUUUUCGUGAUUUUUCCCAAAUGGCAUCCAAUAAUCCAGAGAAACUAAAGCGUUUCCAGCAAGAUUCACAGAAAUUCUGAUUUUUUUAAGAAGGGAAAACUAUGAAAUCUGGUAACUCCCUAAUGGAUACAGCUGAAAACUCACAAUUUUUACCGCUUUUAUUCUACUUACUUAAUUUUCAUAGAUAUUGAAUGGUUUGGAAAAAAGAUUACCCAUUCAUUGAUAUUUUUAUAAAUUAAAAACAUGGAUAUCUAGUAGUUGGGAAAGGAACCUGCUUUAGGCCCUCUUUUAUUAAAAAAAAAAAGCCUGCUUAAAGGGCUAUUUUUUAAUAAAUAAAAGUUGAAUCUAGAUUUAGGCCAUCUUUAGGUUAGAAGAUGCUAAGAAAUUAGACAAAAUCUCGACAGCAUUGAUUUUUUUGCCAUGUACCGUGCCCAGGAUCAUUCAGUCAAGCAUGUCUACAUCAAUUGGGAGCUACUGCCGUGCCUGCCUCAAGAAUAUGUUUUUUCUUUAGUUUCCCUGAUGAAUUUUGGUGGCUCAGAGAUAUGUGUGUUUUAUGUUUGUGUUUGGUAACCUAGCUGUCAUACAUACAAUGUAUAAUUUAGUAUUAGAACUAGAGAAUAUGUUUUCCCCAUUUGCUCAUAAAUGUGGUUAUACUCCUUAGAUGACAGGUUAUUGUCCAGUACUUUAACAUACAUAGAAUGGCUAUAUAAGUAGACCAUAGUUAAGUCUGUUAGAUUUAUUCCAUCUUAUUAAGCAAAAAGGUCUUAUUAAUUUUUUUUUUAAUCAUCAAAAGAAUCCCAGUUCUGAAGCUGUAGUUCUUCAUUGAUGGGUUGAUUUCCUAAAACCCUGACAAAUUUAUCAGUGUAAUAAAAGUGUAACUUGAAUGUUGCAAAAUUAUACUUUCAUCGAAAUACAAGUUGAUUUAUAAAAUAAUGUAGGGCAUUUUUAUAUUUGAAUUUUGUCUUUAAUAUACAUUUUUGCUGUUUCUCCUAGUGAAUGAAAAAUGGAGGGAAAAUUUUUUUUUUCUUAGUUUUAUACUAAAAUAUACAGCAAUAAAUUGCUCUUUAUUUUAUCCUGUGUAUAUGUACACAGUAUAUGUGCUUUUAAAUUACAUGUAUAUAUAGCUUUAGUAUUUGGUUACAUGAACCAGACCCUUGAAUUUCCAAGUAUUACAGAUAUACUUAUUUACCAUUUAUAUUCUGCAAAUUAGUUUGAUUCCAUCUUUGAUUGACAUGUCUCAUUAAGAGUAUAGAAUAAUUAAUAAUUUGCCUAUGGUUCCUUUCCAAUGUUGUCAACAAUUAAAUUUAAUCUUCUUUUAGGAAUUAUAUGUAAGUAAUAGUAGUUCCUAAAUAGUUAGUAAUAGAUAGUUCCUAAAUAAGAGAUUUUUAAACUUGUGAAAGAGAAAUUAUAUUUAAUUAGAUAAGUUUUGUAACAUUUUCCCCUUAAAAACUAGUUUUAUAAAUUCAGUCAAUGUCAAAUCUGAAUCUAUGUAAGCAGGAAUGAUACUGAAGUAAAUUCUUAUCACAGAAAAUGUUCCAUAAUUUGGCCAGAUUGCAUGCAUGUAAUUCUUUAUUUAGUAAUAGUCACUAUACAUGAAGGAUAAAAAUGUAUUUGUGAGUUAUUUCUGAGGAAAUGCUAACUUCCAAGGCAUUGUAUUUUAAUUAUAAUAAUUACAGGGACAUUAAAUCUUUCCUGUUUCAAAUCAGGGUCACAGAUCAUCUGGUUUUUUAGGUGCUUUAUCUAAAGGCAAAAAUCUGAUUUGUAACAUUUUUUUUAGAGUGUACUUUGAAAUUGUUUGAAAAGCUGAAGGAAAAUAAAUGUUAAAAUAAACAGAAAGAGCGAAAGAUAAGAAAAAAGAAAGCCCCACUUUUUCUUUGUAGCACCUGUUCCUGUUUUUAUCUUAGAAUUUCACUCCUAAAAAUCCUGACCUUUAGCUGAGGAAGUCUAGGCAGAUUUCCUUUGGAUUCAGCCAUUUUGGCUUCAGAUCACCUCUGGGAUCUCUGUGGUUGUGAAGGCAAUUCCUUGUAACACUCUUACCUCCUGUGGUUUGAGUUAUGAAUUGUUAGUGUGACAGUAAUUAGAGUCUACUUAAAUUUAAAUGGUUAGAGAUUUAUUUGAAAUGCCCUAAAAAUGAUCAUGGUUCGGGAUAUCUUCAGAGAAAGGCGAAUCUUUAAUAUUGCAGGGAAAUACAAAAAUACAUUUCUGUGGCUUGAUUUCUUGAAAGUGGUGAGACCCAGUUUGGAGUAGAUUUGGCAGAAAUGAUGGAGUAAACAGUAAGGCUUUAAAUUAAUGAGUUAUAAGGUAGGUUGGCUUUUAGGUGAAUUUAGCUGUGUCAACUAAUGGGUUUUAUAUAGUAUGUAACAAAUCUGUGUUUUGUUAUGCCGUGAAUUAUUCGUGCAUUAUGAGAAAUUAUUGUGUAAACACUGUUAAUUGUACUCUUGGGCUUCAUUGGUCAAGAGAUUGCCCCUUGUUUUCUUUCCAUACCUGAUCUGCUGAUAGUAGUUUUUUUCUUAUUAACCAUUAGCUCAUUAGCUUGAAAGAUUAGUAUCAAAAUAAGAAUAGCAGCACUAUGAGUUCAUAAAAUGCAGUUUCGUGUUAGAACUAGACUUAAAGGUGAUUAAACAGUUAUUUGCAAUGCUUCAUUGCAUCUUUUACAUGUUUAAGAUUUCUAAGGUUUUAAAAAUUACCUUUGGUACAGUCCUUAGAAAUUCAGAAAUUUCUAGGGAUUCACUAUAUUACAGUGUUUGCCUAAUUUACACUGGUCUUCACUGUAGAUUUUAAUGAACUUUGGCGUUUACUUUCCCAAACAUAUAGAUUUAAUUUGGAAUAUGUACUUUGGUUCUUCAUGAGUGCAUUUUGGAGAAAAAAAAAUUUAUACUUUCACAGUCUGGACAACUUGUUUGUGAUAUGUUAGCGAUAUUUAAAAAAUAUAAUUUUACAUAUGUUAAGUAUGAUCACACUAAACCAAAUUGUGUUUAAGACUAAAUACCCGUUUUGAAUAAUCAGACAUUCCCAGGUGACUCUUAUGUUGUCAGAUUAACUUCUACAUGACAGCACUUUCAACUAUGGACAUGGGCUGGAAAAAUUAUGUUUUUAUAGAACUAAAUGUCCAGAAUGGCUUUAGAGAACAGUAUGAUAUAGUGGAAACAGCACUGGACCAGUAGUCACUACCCUUUUGGAUUCAGGACUCCUCACAAAUAAAAUGAGUGGGAUGGAACAAGGUGAAAACAUCCCUUUGUAUGCCGUAUGCUGUUUUCCUACUUACAGUGUACUUUGGCAUUACAUUAUCUCACCUGAUUCUCACAGUACGACUUCUGAGAUUUAAUCUAAGAGCUUCAACGUUGUCUGCUUUUUUGAUUCUAGUGUCCUCCUCUUGUUUUACAGAGGAGGUCACUUGUUUUGCUAGUUGGUGGCAGAGCUGACACCAUAACCCAGGUCUCACUGACUACUAGUCAGAGGCACUUUACUUGUAUCAUGAAAUUAUUUGAAAUCAUUGUAAAGCAGCAAAAUCUGAUAAUGACUGCCAGCUUUCCUUGUGUUUUAAUAACAGAGUCCAAAUAUUCUGGAGAACCUGGAUACAAGGUUUGAAGGAAUAGUUGGGCUUUGAAGACAUUGAAUUGUAGGAAAUUUUACAUUUUUGCAAUAACAAACAUUAAUGAAAGCAAAACAUUGUAAAGGUAAUUUAAAUUCACCUUACACUUAUCAAUUUCUUGGUGCUUCUCAAUGAAAGAUAAGUAAAAGGGGCUUGGAUUCAGUUUAGCUGAAGCAUGACAUCUAUAAAUAUGAUUUUGUGGACCUCCUUUUCUGUUUACAUAAAUUUAUCCACUUAAAAUGGGAUAAUGUGGGGAAAAAGCAAGGUUUGAUUAAAUAAACUUUUUCUGUAUUGUUCUUUUCACUAUAUUGUUUUCUAGGUUUUCUUAAUUUUUCUCAAACUCCCCCCCUCUUGAGUGUUAAUUUUAAACAGGGAAAGCUUGCUACAUUAUAAAGAUUGUUGGCAUGAUUUAUUUUACACAAAGGCUAAAGGUUAACUUUCGGAAAUGAUGAGUUACUUUUCUAUAUGUGUUUACUUGUACUGUGUGAUAUUUCUGAAUCAUUCCAGUCAUAAAAACUUAUACAUGUAAUAUUUCUUGCUACAUGUGAAAAGGUAUAUUUUAAAGAAUGUAUAACAAACACUCCAUUUACUUUUUAUUAGUAUGUAGAAGAUUUGUAUCUAAUUCAUGAAUGUAGUUUUACCAUAGUUUGUCAUUGUAAAUGGAACAAAAUACAUUAUCUUUAUAGUUAUUCUAAAAUGUACAUUAUGUAAGAAUUGUAAAUAUUAUACUUAAGUACUUUGUAUGCUGAAAAAUUAUCAAUAAAAAUCUCACCUCUGGCAUAGUU